UUGACACUGCUGCCACAAACGCUCAUUUCUCUACAGCUCUAAAUUUCCCACUCUUCACCCCGCCUGGGAACUGCAAGAAACAAAGGCUUCAAGGGAAAAAUACGAGAAUACAAAAAGCAUGGCUCAAUCCACCGACGUCUUCGUCGUCGUUCCCAUAGAAAUGGACCCAACCACCAAAGCUAUCCAAGCUCUCCCCUCCUCGAAUGACCCCCUCCUCGCUCGGGAGCUCGAAGCCCUCAACAACCUCCACCGCACUUUAAAAUCUGUUCCCGAAAUCACCAACGGUAUCCCACCCCCACCCACCUCCGUCGGGCCCAAACGAUCCGCUCUAAUCGAGCGUAUGCGCCAAACCGGUAACAGUGCCUUCAAAAAAAAAAACUAUUCCGAAGCGGUCGACCUCUACACACACGCCAUCACCAUGGCACUCACCCGCCCUCCCUGGGAGCCCAGUGCACUAUUGAGGGACGAGUUACACCAGCUGUAUGCGAACCGUGCGCAGGCACAUAUCGGCAUCAAUAACUGGCCUGAGGCACUCGCGGAUGUGAACGCUAGCAUCGAUCUCAAGCGGGUGGGGAAUCCGAAGGCGCACUGGAGGAAGGGGAAAUGUUUGAAGGAGAUGGGGAGGCAUGAGGAGGCAAAGGAGGCAUUAGAGUUUGGGUUGGAAUUUGGAAAUGACACUGAGUUGGCGCAUAUGCUGAAGGAGGUUAACGAAACUCUUAGCAAGAGGCAGUAGUAGUGGGCGGCACCCUGCUUCUGAAGACGGUUGCCCGGUUAGUAGAUGUUCGGGUGGGUCCCGAGGAUCAUUUUCUCUCUCUCUCUCUCUCUCUCACAUGUUCGAUGUUCGAUUGGCUUUCUAGAGCUAGCCCACAUGA